UUAAUUAUUCAACAAGGAAAUCUUGUUAAAUGUCGACUUCCAAGCAUUAGUCAUUUUCGUUCAGAUCUCCAAGUACGUUAUUGAAGCACUCUCCACUGGCUUGAUCGCGCCAAGGCGAGUAAAGCUGCGAUGAUUCGCUGGGUAUUCUUAGUGGCUUGCUUUAGUUUCGUGUUGGCAAGGUCUUCUUCCUUUGAACUAAAAAAAUACAUCGACGAUGUCCCUGAGGUACGAUCACCCAUUAAACGGGAGCUGUCAAAGACACAAAAGCCACUAAUUACCUUACAAAAAGGCCAUAACCCCAGCAAGGCAAAUAAACAACUAAUCAAAGAAAUGACACAAGUGAAGUCGAAGCAAAAGGACCACCAUGCCAAGAGAGGUUCUAUAGCGCAUGCCCAGAAGCCGUCCAAACGCGCGCGAAAGAUCGUCAACCAUCCUAAGGCGAUGUUCGCAAGCGUAAUUCGCUCUCAGCAGAAAGAUGACUCGUAUUACGAGCUGAAUCAAAUCCCGUAUUACUCGACCCCCGACUGGGAAUCCCUGGACGCGCGGCCACUACCCUCGUGGUACGAAGACGCGAAGUUCGGGAUCUUCGUGCACUGGGGACUGUACUCGGUCCCGGGGGUGGGUAGUGAGUGGUUCUGGUAUCACUGGAGACAGGGCUACCCGGAGAUCAUGGAGUACAUGUGGAGGAACUACCCCCCCGGAUUCAGUUACGCUGACUUCGCAUCAAAGCUCAAGGCGGAGAUGUUCAAUGCGACCGCGUGGCAUGAGCUCAUCGCGAAGUCUGGGGCGAGAUAUUUUGUCUUCACCGGUAAACACCACGAUGGAUUCGUGAACUGGAAUACUAGCUAUUCGUGGAACUGGAACUCGGUUGAUAAUGGACCACACAGGGAUAUCGUAGGUGAACUAGCGAGUGUGUUCCAUAUGUAUGGUGAUAUCAAGUUUGGCUUGUACUACUCGCUCUACGAGUGGUUCAACCCACUUUAUCUCAAGGACAAGAGAAAGAACUUCAUGACCGACGAAUAUGUCAAGACUGUGGUAAAGCCGCAACUGCGGGAGCUGGUCAACAAAUACAUGCCGGACAUCCUGUGGGCCGACGGAGACUGGGAAGCAAAAGACUCGUACUGGGGCAGCAAGGAGUUCCUCACAUGGCUCUACAAUGACAGCCCUGUCGCCUCGUCCAUUGUCGUGAAUGACCGGUGGGGGAGAGGGUGCGGAUGUAAUCACGGUGGAGUGCUCGUCUGUGCUGACAGGUUCAAUCCCGUAGGUCACAUGAUGCACCGUCCGUGGGAGAACGCCAUGACGAUCGAUAAGAAGUCGUGGGGUUAUCGGAGGAACGCGAAGCUGAGCGAGUAUCUAAGUACAUAUGACUUGAUUCGUGAGCUCGCCUCGACCGUCAGCUGCGGUGGUAAUCUCCUAAUGAACAUUGCGCCUGCGCCGGAUGGGUCCAUACCGCUGAUAUUCCAGGAGCGGCUCGAAGAGAUGGGGGACUGGUUACAAUUCAAUGGUGAAGCCAUAUAUGGUAGCAGACCCUGGAAAGCACAAAACGACUCGCGAAAUGGAAACGUGUGGUACACGACUAAGGAUGGCUAUGUAUACGCCAUCGUCCUAGAGUGGCCAACAUCUGGGACUCUUCUCCUGGGGGCCCCAGUCCCCUCUCAGAAUACCACGGUCACCAUGCUGGGUCUGACAGGGGAGUUCUCGUGGUACGUGCACUAUGACAAGAUAAAUGGCGCUGAGGAGAUCCCACAUGAGGUUGGUGUUCCGGAAACGGAAACUCAAAUCGAAGGAACCGGAAGUCAUCUGGAAGAAGUCGGAAGUCACCAGGAAGGCAUCGGAAAUCAAAUGAUUGAGACCGGAGGUGAGCUCGAGGAGACUACACAUGAAGGUCACUCAGUUGAAUCUAUAGAGCACGUUGGUCAGGGAGAGGCCUUGGGUCCACAACAGAAAGAUCAGCGUGACGGAAAUGAUAAAACCGGAAAUGCUACAAACGAGAAAACCGGGAAAGCAAGGAAUGUAAUCGAAAUUUCUGACGGGAGCGGGAGUGGCAGCAGUGGAGAAGCGACAAGAAAAGGUUACGAUGGUUUCGACGCGUAUGCAUUUGCAAUCGAGGUUCCAGCGAUCCCCAUAUUUGAGUUACCAUCCAAGUUGGCCUGGGUGUUCAAGAUAAAAGAUGUCAAAUGAACUGGACAAAUCCUAUAGUAGUUUUCUAUCACGUGCUCUGAUUGGCUGAAACAGAUUGAGAUUUUUUUUGUGGAAGUAAUGGUAAGAGCUGAAUUCAAUUGAAAAUAUAGAUUUCCCUGCACA